CUUCUUGGAGCUGCCAUGAAGGUCUUCUCAGAAAAUUGUGGCAAACUAUCAGCUGAUUACUUCAGCAGUGAGAUGCCCACAGGGAAAAGCCUGGCGUAAAAAAGCAGACCUUCCUAAGGAACAUAACCUGUACAUCGAGCACGCCCUGGAGACCAUACUGGAACCUGUCGUUGAUGGCGUCAGUAAACUAAAGCAGACAGCACAACUCAGUGUUGUGUCGCAGGCCGUCACGGCGUUCUGUGAGGCAUGGAAAAACAACAUCCUCAAAAACAAAAUCAAGUUCAGCUAUGUUGGAGCUUACCAGCUGGGCGUUGACAUUGGUUACAUGAGGUCGUGGCUCGGAGAGUACAUCACUAACCCAGAGGUCAGACAGAGUGUCCUUGACCUGAGUGUCUUUAAAUACCUGAAUGGAGCUGUAAUGAUCCUGAAGAAGCAGCCAUUCCGGCGGGGAGGAUCCAAAUUCCGUGAGCCCUGCUCCAUGGAAGACCUCAGCUGUAAUGGACACGCUGACCUUGAGAAUGUGAAGGUCGAGAGGAACAUUUCUCGUUCCGUAGACACCGACCUUCCACCGCCGGUUGAUGAGUCAGACAUUGAGUUUGUGAACAACGUCGGCGAGUGGCUGUCACUACGGGUCCAGGGGGGAUCACGGGGGUGGAAAUUAUCCUGUCUGAACACGGUAGAGGUGGUCGACUAGAGGUGAUGAGUGGCUGUCACUCCGGGUUCAGGGGCGUGGAAAUUAUUUUGUCUUAACUCGGUAGAGGUGGUCGACUAAAUAACAUAGUGUGAGAUUCUGUACGUGAUGAUGAGCCUCAAUCUAAGAUGUGGGACAGAUCAGUGAGAAUAUUAGCUGGAAGAUUUUAUUCAGGAAAUAAUCCAUGACAUGUGACUGGGAACAGACAUUCCAUGUUUGGCAACACAACAUUGAAAUGUUUAAAUAUGACAUUUAGUGUUGUGAAGUAAGGCCAUAUACAUGUAUAAGAUAGGUUAAAUCAUAGAACAUGUGUACUUGAAGUAAUGCUAAGUUUUUAUGGAUUAAGUGCUAAACUAUGCUAGAUAUUUUAUUAACCACUACCUGUAUUGGAAAGUUAUUUUAAGACUUAACAGUUAUUUGAAUAUCUUAUCCUUUAUUUAUUUAUUUCAAAAUUUUCCAUAUAUUUUAUUUUUUUAACUAGUCUGUAGUUGAUAAUUAAUAGGACUGUUAAAAGUUAUACAGUAGAAGUUACAUUUGUACCUGAAACUGCAUUUUU